GAGUCCCGGAUGCCAAUCGCGCCGGAAGAGAAGAAGGUCUCUUUCCCGGCCAUCUUGAGGCUUUACCUAGCGAGUUGGUCGCUCCAAGCCCCGUAGAAUCGGAGGAGAAUCCUGCUGAAGGGGCGCCAUCAUGCCCGGACAUCUGCAAGAAGGGUUCGGCUGCGUCGUAACCAAUCGGUUCGACCAGCUAUUUGAUGAUGAGUCCGAUCCUUUUGAGGUGUUAAAGGCUGCAGAGAACAAGAAGAAGGACGCGGCCGCUGCUGGUACCGCCAAGACCGCAGCUCAAGCCGCCAAGCAGCCGAAAAAGGAGUCGCAAAAGGACCGAAAGAAUCCCCUUCUUGACAAGAAGGAGGAACCUCAGCCUCCAGUGUCUCUAAAAAAAGAGGGCAUCAGGAGGGUAGGUAGGAGGCCGGAGCAGCAGUCUGCCCACCCCGGUCCUCAGGGCUCCCAGCCGCAGGGGGCCCCGGUGGAGAGUCGCCCCGCGGACCGGAGGCCGGAAAGACGGCCUCCUCGCGAGCGACGAUUCGAGAAGCCUGCGGAGGAGAAGCCAGAGGGUGGCGAGUUUUCCACUGAGAAGUUUGCUGGGGACAGGCCUGUUCGGGGGCGUGGUGGCGGACGUGGCGGACGUGGGGGUCGUGGCCGUGGCAUGGGUAGGAGCGACGGCUUCGACUCCCGUGGAAAACGCGAAUUUGACCGGCACAGCGGAAGCGACAAAACCAGCCUGAAAGCCGAGGAGAAGCGUGCCGGAAGUGGAUCGCAUAACUGGGGCACCGUUAAGGAUGACCUGAGCGAGCUGGAUCAGUCCAACGCUACUGAGGAAACCCCCGAAGGGGAGGAGCACCCCCCCGCGGACUCGGAGAACAAGGAGAACGAGGCUGAGGAGGUGAAGGAGGAGGGCCCGAAGGAGAUGACCCUGGAUGAAUGGAAGGCCAUGCAGACCAAGGAGCGGGCUAAGGUCGAGUUCAACAUCCGCAAGCCUAACGAGGGCGCUGACAGCCAGUGGAAGAAGGGUUACGUGCUGCACAAAUCCAAGAGUGAAGACGCCAAUGCUGAAGAGGCCUGCGGGGAACACCACUUUCGGAAACCGGCCAACGAUAUCACGUCCCAGCUGGAGAUCAACUUUGGAGACCUGGGUCGUCCUGGACGUGGCCGUGGGGGACCCCGCGGCGGGAGGGGGCAGCGUGGGAGCAGCAGGCCGGUGCGUGCUGCCCGACCUGACAAGCCUAGCGGAGCUUCUGUGCCCAACGUCGAUGACCCAGAGGCAUUCCCUGCCCUGGCCUGAAGACGGCCUCCAUUUGGCCGAACCUCACGCCCUUCCAGGCCUCCUCCUCUACGAGGCUUGCAUGCUUGUGGAACCUUCAACUAUAAUAAAAAGACUGUCAUCCAUACCAUUCACACUUGGACUGAAAUUUUAAUGGUUUUAAAAGACAAACUAAAAUGGACAAAGGACUCCUGUUGCCUCACAGAAGCAAACUAUCAGUAGAGGUUUUGUAUUUCGAAACAAGGUAGCAGGGAUGUUUUCAUACAGUAUUUUUUUUCAGAGAUUAUGCAUUCUUCAUUAUCUUUUUGUAUUGCUGCAUUUCCAAAUAUAGGUGUGAAGACUGAGUUGACGGUGUUCCAUGGCUUGCUUUCCUGUCAAGCUCCCUGCUGUCUGCUUUUUGAGUUUCCUCUCAGAAAUAUCAAGGAUUAAGUUCUAGGUCCACUGGCUCAAAAAGCAUAGAGAGAAGUUAAGGCAGCAUUCGAAUGGAGUUUCCAUACUUUGGUUCUCAUAUUUUUAGAUGAUUAACAGACCAAAAGUGUGCUCCAGUUGUGAAGAUAUUUUUGAACUUCUAUUUAUGCUCUGUAUUCCUCUGAAUUUUGUUUGCCCCCCCCCCUCCUGGUGGACCAUUAGUAUUUGAGUGUGUGCAUGUUUAAGUUUGUGUGUGGGGGCUCCACCAGCCCCCGUCGUGAGUGCGAGGCCUUGCCUGCUGUCCCUCUUGGUCCUUUGUGUAAUUUAUUAUUUUUAAGAGAUGUAUGGCAGCAGUAGCUGCACCUUUAGAAGUGACGACUUUGUAUCUGCAGCCGUCCUCCUGUCCCCUCUGCUAACCUCGAUGCCAUGUCUGCAUUCUUUGAGAUUGGAAAACCUGCAGGUUAUUUCUUGGAACCAAUGUGACAUUGUGGCUCUUGGUUUUAUCACUCCAUGUGGUUUUGUGUGUGUGUUUUUUUUAAUUAUUAUUAUUAUUAUUAUUAUUAUUAUUAUUAUUAUUUUAUUUUUUUUUAACGAGACGGCAGCACUACUACUACUGCAUAAUUUACUGAAAAAAUGCUGUUCAGUGUGGAGCGAUGGAGCGCUACAAUAUGUAUGAAUGCUAACCCUGCUAUUUGACCUCCUGUGUAUUUAAGAACUGUCACAAUCAGAUUGUCGUGUGGAAAUUUUACGGGGGGUGGGCGGGGGGCAGUGGCAGCCUUUGUCUGAACACUACCAUAAGCAGAACCAAGCUUUGUAUUUUUGUGUUGGGUUUUGUGUUGGGCAUACUUGGACGAUGUACGGACACGGGUGGUUACGACCGAUUUUCUGUAGAACUGUCGGGUCCGGCCGCGUUGGGCAUCUUGACUUUAAAACCCCCUUUCUGUGAAAAACACAAAACACCCCAGUUCUAAUAAAUUGCUUAGAAGUGUUCAAGGUAAACUGCUUAA